GAAGUGAAAUGAACAAAAUAACUUGUUUCAAAAAAUUCAAAACAAUUCAUAACGGAAAAGUGGUGCGUGCAUAUGUAUUCACCCCCUUUGCUAUGAAGCCCAUAAAUAAAAUCUGGUGCAACUAAUUACCUUCAGAAGUCACAUAAUUAGUUAAAUAAAGUGUACCUGUGUGCAAUCUAAGUGUCACAUGAUCUGUCACAUGAUCUCAGUAUAAAUACACCUGUUCUGAAAGGCCCCAGAGUCUGCAACACCACUAAGCAAGGGGCACCACCAAGCAAGCGGCACCAUGAAGACCAAGGAGCUCUCCAAAUAGGUCAGGGACAAAGUUGUGGAGAAGUACAGAUCAGGGUUGGGUUAUAAAAAAAUAUCAGAAGCACCAUUAAAUCCAUUAUUAAAAAAUGGAACGAAUAUGGCACCACAACAAACCUGCCAAGGAGGGCAUUAAUCAAAGAGGCAAGAAAGAGACCAAAGAUAACCCUGAAGGAGUUGUAAAGCUCCACAGCGGAGAUUGGAGUAUCUGUCCAUAGGACCACUUUAAGCCGUACACUCCACAGAGCUGGGCUUUACGGAAGAGUGGACAGAAAAAAGCCAUUGCUUGAAGAAAAAAAUAACCAAACACGUUUGGUGGACUCCCCAAACAUAUGGAAGAAGGUACUCUGGUCAGAUGAGACUAAAAUGUAGCUUUUUGGCCAUCAAGGAAAACGCUAUGUCUGGCGCAAACCCAACACCUCUCAUCACCCCGAGAACACCAAUGUUUUUCAUUGGCAGGGACUGGGAAACUGGUCAGAAUUGAAGGAAUGAUGGAUGGCGCUAAAUACAGGGAAAUUCUUGAGGGAAACCUGUUUCAGUCUUCUAGAGAUUUGAGACUGGGACGGAGGUUCACUUUCCAGCAGGACAAUGACCCUAAGCAUACUGCUAAAGCAACACUUGAGUGGUUUAAGGGGAAACAUUUAAAUGUCUUGGAAUGGCCCAGUCAAAGCCCAGAUGUCAAUCCAAUUGAGAAUCUGUGGUAUGACUUAAAGAUUGCUGUACACCAGUGGAACCCAUCCAACUUGAAGGAGCUGGAGCAGUUUUGCCUUGAAGAAUGGGCAAAAAUCGCAGUGGCUAGAUGUGCCAAGCUUAUAGAGACAUACCCCAAGAGACUUGCAGCUGUAAUUGCUGCAAAAGGUGGCUCUACAAAGUAUUGACUUUGGGGGGAUUAAUAGUUAUGCACGCUCCGAUUUUCAGUUUUUUGUCUUAUUUCUUGUCUGUUUCACAAUAAAACAUAUUUUGCAUCUUCAAAGUGGUAGUCAUGUUGUGUAAAUCAAAUGAUACAAACCCCACCCAAAAUCAAUUUUAAUUCCAGGUUGUACGGCAACAAAAUAGGAAAAAUGCCAAGGGGGGUGAAUACUUUCGCAAGCCACUGUAUAGAGAGACAGAAUAGAGAGAAAAUAGAGAGAAAGAGUGAGAGAGGUGGUUAAAGAGAGGUGAUUUUCUGCUCUGUAGUUCCCUUUCAAAGAGGAUCAGAAGGACAAAGACCUUGAGAGACCUGGUAAUAACAGGUAGAUGAGGGGAGGAAGGGGAGAGGGAGAGAGAGAGAGGGAGGGAGGGAGGGAGGGAGGGAGGGAGAGAGAGGGAGGGAGGGACAGAGAGGGGGAGAGGGGAGAGAGGGAGGGAGGGACAGAAGGAGAAAGAGGGAGGGAGGGACAGAGGGAGAAAGAGGGAGGGAGGGACAGAGGGAGGGAGAGGGGAGAGUGAAACAGACAAAGGGGUUGGUGUAAUCACUGUACAGUUUAAAUAACAGACAGAGAAAGUCUUUGAGGAGUCAGUGCACUCGCAACUGUGUGUAUAAUAUCAGUGUGUGUGUGUAAACGUGUGUAAUGUGUGUGUGUGUUGGUGUGUGUGUCUCCCCAGGCGUCCCCGGCUGCGCUAGCUAAGAGUGUGUUAGCAGAGGUGCCCAAUCAGGUGGUGGAUUACUACAAUGCCAAAGGAAUCCAUCCCAAAUGUCUGUCUGACUACGACGAAUCUACCAGACCCUUCAGCCCCUGACCACACACAUACACACACAUUAAACACACACACA